AUGUUUCCCAGCAGACCACCUGUGCCCUCUGGGCCAGGCGGUUCGUGCAAGUUCACUGUAGUAGAAACUUGUGACAGAAUAAAGGAAGAGUUCACUUGUAUGCAACAGCAGAAUCAUUCUUUGCAACUUGAGAGAGAAAAGAUUCUCAAUGAACGGUCAGAUAUGCAGAGGAUUUGUGUUAUGUAUUAUGAAAUGGCCAAUGGUUUAAAUUUGGAAAUGCACAGACAAAUGGAGAUUGCGAAAAGGCUAAGUGCUAUUCUGACUCAGGUGCUGCCGUUUCUGUCUCAAGAGCAUCAGUCCCAAGUUCUAUCAGCCAUCGAAAGGGCUAAACAGGUCACAAUGCAAGAACUAAACUCCGUUUUAGCUGCACAAAUAGAGGAUGUGAAGUCCUCAAGUUUUUCAAUGGCAAUAACAUGGGUCUCCCACUAG